CUCCACCACAUCGGGUGGUAGCAGUGGUGUAGACCCCUGAGGACACUGGGUGGAGUCAGGGCCUCUGUGCCUUCGCAGUCAGUGACCGUGGCUGGCAAACAAGACUGCGCCAGUGUCACGGAACCUGCUUGCUGUCUGGCUCAGGACAGCUUGUGAGCCUCGCCUCCUUUCCCUCUGCCCCACACUUGGGCAAGUUGUUUAAAAACCCCAAACCCCACCCCUGCCUUGGGACCAGCAGGAGACUCAAAGCAGGUGUCCCCUCGGCUGGCAUGUAGCUCUGUGGUCCAGCGCAUGUGCAGAGCACGUGUGGGGGCCCCUGGAGUUCAUCCAAGCACUGCAAAAACAAAACCAAAACCACCACCAACCGCCCAGUCUCAGUAGGGAAACAGCCUGUGAAGUAUUUCAAAAUAGCUGCAGGAGUCCGAAGGUUCCCAGCACAUAGAAACGAUGUUUGAGGAGCCGGAAAGGCAGAUAGCCACGUCCAUGUGCGGACAUGCAUGUUGAUAACGACAGCAGACUGCUCCCUUCGCCAUGCCGCCUGUCUCCCCAGGAGGUCCUGAGAUAUCGCUUGAAGUCGAGGCUCCCACCCAGAUACCUUUGGUUGAUGAAGCAUCAGGCGAGAAGGAAGACAUUGUUGUGACUCUCUUACCAGCUGGUCACUGCCCAGGAUCAGUUAUGUUUUUGUUUCAGGGCAAUAACGGGACUGUCUUGUAUACAGGAGACUUCAGAUUGGCCAAAGGAGAAGCCGCCAGAAUGGACCUUCUGCACUCCGGGGGCAGAGUAAGAGACAUCCAGAGCGUGUAUUUAGAUACAACUUUCUGUGACCCAAGAUUUUACCAGAUUCCCAGUCGGGGGGAGUGCUUAAGUGGGAUCUUAGCGCUGGUUCGGAGCUGGAUCUCUCGGAGCCCGUAUCACGUGGUGUGGCUGAACUGCAAAGCCGCUUACGGUUACGAGUAUUUAUUCACUAACCUGAGCGAGGAGCUGGGCGUCCAGGUUCACGUGGACAAGUUGGACAUGUUCAGAAACAUGCCCGAUAUCCUCCACCACCUCACCACGGACCGCGGCACCCAGAUCCACGCCUGUCGCCAUCCCAAGGCAGAGGAAUAUUGUCAGUGGAAUAAAUUACCCUGUGGAAUUACUUCCAAGAAUAAAAUUCCACUCCACACAAUCAGCAUUAAGCCAUCCACCAUGUGGUUUGGAGAAAGAUCCAGGAAAACAAAUGUAAUUGUGAGGACCGGAGAGAGUUCAUACAGAGCUUGUUUUUCUUUUCACUCCUCCUACAGUGAGAUUAAAGAUUUCUUGAGUUACAUCAGUCCUGUGAAUGUGUAUCCAAAUGUCAUUCCAGUAGGCACAACUCUGGAUAAAGUUAGAGAAAUCUUAAAGCCUUUAUGCCGGUCUUCCCAAAAUAUUGAGCCAAAGUAUAAACCACUCGGAAAACUGAAGAGAGCUAGAACAGUCCAUCUAGAUUCAGAGGAGGAUGACCUUUUUGAUGACCCUCUGCCAGUACCUUUAAGGCACAAGCUGCCAUACCAGGUUACUCUUCAUCCUGACGUUAUCUUGCUGACUGCAGUACAACAAAACCAGCCUGAAAAACUGAGACAAAGCACAGGAUGCUGUGAAUUGGAGAGUAUGCAAAGCUCUCUUCUGGCCAACUUCAUAGACUGUGAAGAAUCCAAUAGUGAAAGUGAAGAAGAGCCAGAAGUCCCAGAAUCACUGCAGGAUCUGGACCCUGUGACACUUCCCCAGCAAAAGGCGGAUGCAGAUGUGCCCCAGUGGGAAGUGUUCUUUAAAAGAAGCAGUGACGUUACCGGCGAGGGUUUGGAAAACUUUCCUUCUUCCACAGAGACAGGGAGAUCUCAGUCACCCCAGCUUUUCAGUGACUCCGAUGGAGAAUCAACCCACAUCUCUUCCCAGAAUUCUUCUCAGUCAACACACAUAACAGAACAAGGAAGUCAAGGUUGGGACAGCCAGUCUGAUACUGUUCUGUUAUCUUCACAGGACAGAACUGGGGAUAGUGCCUUUUUGAACAAAGGUGCCCACAGACCAAAGGCCAAGGACAGUAUCCCUGCCUCUCAGAUGGAACAAAAUGUACUUUGCUCAAAGGCUAUUUCCAGUGAUGUGAAAAGCAGAGAUCAAGACAUCACUAUAGUUCCCAGUAUGGAGGAACACAUACCUGAGGAAAAAAGGUUGCCAAAUCAUAGCACAUACCCAGAUUCACAUAGCUCCUCUGAUUUUGAAAUUCCCUCAACUCCAGAAGCUGAACUACCUAAACAAGAACAUUUACAAUGUUUGUAUAAGAAACUGGCAACAGGUGAAAGUAUAGCAGUUGAAAAAAGAAAAUGCUCAUUUUUGGAUAUUUAAUAAUUAAAACACCCUUUCCUAGAGCAACCAUUAAAAAGCUUUUACAAGUAAUUAAGUCUACUAUUGCAGUAGAUCAGUUACAGUGGAAUAAAAAAUGUUCAGAGUAGCCAGGCACAGUGGCACAUGCCUGUAAUAGCACUAAGGCAAGCUGAGGCAAGAGGAUCAAAAGUCCCAGUCCCACUUGGGCGACUUAGUGAGACCUGGUCUCAAAAAGGGCAGGCAGGUGGGUGGUGGGUGUGGGAAAUAUACAGCUAAGUGCAAAGGUCAUGGGUUCAAUCCUCAGGACUAAAAAAAAUUCAAACACUAAAGGCAACAGUAGAGGUAAAUGGGUGGGGGGCCCCAGCAUGUGGGAGGCAGAACUAUAUCUAAACAUCUCAAUAAUUACGCUAAAUAUAAAUAUGGUCUAAGUAACCAGCAAGAGAGAGACUACUUAGAUUUAAAAAAAAAGCUACAUGGUGUCCACAAGAAAUUCAACUCAAAUGCUAUCUCUAGAUUAAAAGAAAGGGGAAAAGAUACAUGUGAACAAGUAACUAAAAGAAAGCUGGAGUGGCUGUAUUAGUAUCAGACCAUUUCUUAGUGAUGAAAGGUCCAGUUCACUGAGAAGACAUAAUCCUAAAUUUACAUACACUUAAUAGCUUCAAAAUACACAAUGCAAAGACAACUGAGACAAACUAACACAACUUUAGAGGUUUUACCAUCCCUCUCAGUGAAACAACUAGAAUGUACACACACACACACACAGAAAAUAACAAGUAUGUAGAGGAAUUAAACAUCACCACCUAACUGGGUCUUACUGAUGUAAGACACCACCAAAACAGCAGCAAGCACCUCAAGCUCUUGUGAA